GGUUCCCCGGAAGAAAACCUGACAAAAAGCUACAAAUUCAUGUUCCAGAAACCGCUCGACGUCCGCGAAGUGUUGUCGUGGAGGAUCGAGGAGCUCGGUGACGCCUUGAAGAGCCACCACCGCUUGGAGGACUUCGCCUCCGUGGCCCUCCCGGCGCAGGAAGCGGUGACGACGUUGGGCCAGAUCGGUUGUGAUGGCAACGGGAAGCUCAACGCACAAUCGGUGGUGCUGGCGGGCGACCGGGAGCACUCGUCAGGCGCACAAAUACCCCUCGACCUCUCCGAAUUGAGGGAAUAUUCCCUUUUUCCCGGCCAGGUGGUGGCGCUGGAGGGGACCAACAGCACCGGGAGGAAGAUGGUGGUGUCCAAGAUCUACGAGGGGGUGCCCCUUCCCUUCCACGCGCCGACGCAGCCGUCCUCAGGGUGGCCUGCGGACCCUUCACCACCUCCGACAGCGUCGCCUACGACCCCCUCAGCGACCUCCUGGAGGUCAUCGCCCGCGAGCGCCCCCACCUCUGCGUCCUG